GCCCCUCCCUCCUCUACCCUCUUAUUAGCUUCUCUCUGCUUAGUCCACCGACAGGUCAAAACGACCACAGGCAUCAGGCUGAUCCAUUCAGCCCCUCGCGAGCACGCGCCUCUCAAGGAGGUGAACGCGUCACGGUCAAAACGACCUGCAACCACUCCGAAGACACGAGUGGUGGGACGGUGAGAUGUCCCAACAACCUCGACGAUUUCUGGCAGUGAAAAUGAAAGUUUCUUUGCAUUUUGUUCUUCUUCUUCUUCGUGCGCCUUGCCUGAGACACUUGGACACUCCUCUUCAUCGCUUCCUUCAGGAUGAGUGCGUUGCUCAUGGCAGUCUUGAAUUGCUUUCUCGUCUGGAUGUUAAUAUUCAGUGUCUAUGCGGACGUUUGUUUUCUGAUCUUUUUUCAAUGUUCCCAAAAUUGUUGAUGCGGCUGUGAUUAUAAAAAUGGUGCGGGAAGAGUAAGAUUGAAACAGUAUACCUAUUUGAAGUAUUGCCUUUUUUUGGUAGUCAUCUAACAUCUUUAACAAGAUUGAACAGUUUAUGGGGCUUUUGGCUAUGGGCUGAUUCUGCACAUUUGCUGGCCGUCAGCCAUUCUGUAGGUUGGUUGCAGAACAUAGGACUACUGAGACUGAAAGCUUCUUUGGUGCAUGCACACAAGAUGGAGGGCCUGGAUGGUGGGGCAGAUGGUUCCGCCUCGUCUCAAGCCGCGCAAAGAACUGAGGAACCCAUAAACUUUGGUUUAUGUGAAACUUUUGUUUGGUUUUUCUUAUGCACAUUCAUAUUUACAACCAUUGUCAUACAUGUUUGCCAGGAUGCCCAAUCUCAAAGGGUUGAAAGCGAGUUGCUAGAUGAUGGGGAGGCUUUGGCCCAAUUUCAUGCAAAAGCAAAGGCGAGGAGGAAGAACAGGCAAAAACGCGUCCAGUAUCAGUUCCUGUUCAAGGCAGGAGCCUUCGUGAUCAUGCUGGCGGUGGUAAUGAUCACGAAGAAGAUACAGCAGUGGUACAAGCCGGCAGCUGACAAUGCUGCCCCUGCGGAGGCGAAGACAACGAAACCAAAUCUUGCUAGUCAUGACGGCCUCGAUAGCGAGCUUUGACAGAAUGCAAAAGAGUCUCACACACACAAGUCUGGCAAUAAUUCAUGAUGGAACCUUUUGCCACAAUCAAGUUUCAUUGGAACAGUCAUCAUAGGUUUGGUUGGAUGUGUAAAGCAGAUGCAGCACCAGUGCGACAAAGAACUGACUUCGCCUGUGGUUCGCUUGCAAGGACAUGGCAAAAAA